CCUACGUUUCCGCUUGGAGAAAUUUCGACCUCAAUUUUUUUUCUGGUCAAGAGUCCCUCUCUUAAGCUCCCCAUCCCAACAAUCGCACAGCUUCCAUUUUCUUGGAUACCCAUUUGCACUUUUUUCGAUUUCUUUCUUGGGUAUCUUUCACUUUCCUCCCUUGCACCCUUAGGAGCCAGAUAUAGCCUUAAUCCUGUUCUGGGCAUAGGUUAUUAUUAGGGGUUCUUUUAAGCUUGCAAAGAAAAUGGUGGGAGCUUUAUCCGUGGUAGGCUCCUCUGUGGUGGACUCGCAUACUAGUCCAUGUUUAUGUUUGGAUGCUCUGCCUACGAGUAAUAUGAAUCUCAAGAAUAGCGGAGAGUUAGUCUUACAAAGGAAUUCAAUGAAAAGAAAGCAAUUGGUAAGGCCAGGGUCACUGGAGUUGGGGAGUUCUUUUGUGGAUUCAUGGCAUGAUGGGAGGUUCUCAUCGAAAGCGAUUUCAGGUAUUGUUAGUGCUAAGAGUUCAAGGAAGCAGAGAAAGGAUCGGAGGCUUGUGGUUGUUUGCGAAUUGGGAGGGCAAUAUGAAGAUAGCUUUGGGGAUGUCAAAAGGCAACUAUUGAACUAUUUCACUUACAAGGCAGUAAGAACUGUUCUUAACCAGCUGUAUGAGAUGAAUCCAACACAAUACAGAUGGUUUUAUGAUUUUGUUGCAUCAAAUCAGCCUGGAGAGGGCAAACGUUUCAUCCGCACCCUUGUGAAGGAGCACCAGGGCCUUGCUGAGCGAGUGAUGGUAACGCGGCUCCACUUGUAUGGAAAAUGGGUUAAGAAAUGCAAUCACGCUGAAAUAUAUCAAGAAAUCUCUGACGAGAACUUGGAGUUGAUGCGGGAAAGGCUCAAAGAGACAGUGAUAUGGCCAUCUGAUGACUCAAACUGGGAGAAGAUUGGUUGAAGGGGAGCAGCUAUGUUUUUAGUUCUUUUUCAUUUUCUUUCUACUGUUGGUUUUAGUGUACAUACAUUACAUGCUAUGUCUUUGGUGCAAUGACAACCAGUUUGGUUCC